GGAACUACACCAUCAUCACUCGUCCAGGAAAACGAGGAAAACUCGAAAGCAAUGGUGAUAAAGAAUCAUCCUUUUCUGAAAAACAAAAAGUAAAAGCUCUGUCAAUUCUCAAUGGAAGGAGAAAAGGGGGCAGCAUCAAUAAUUGAAGAACAAGAUGAAUUGCUGGGGGUAAAGCUAAGGAAGGGGAUCUCAGUGGGCAAAAAAGGCGGGCCUUUUACUCCAGUUCCCAGUUGGAAAAUGGAGCCAGGACCUUCAGCUUCAACCAGCAAACCCUCAGCUAGAAAACUGGGUGCUAGUCUUUGGGAAGCUCAGGAUCUCUUGCCUUUGCCCAGUUCUGAGAUGAGGAGGAACAGAACUAGGGCUCAUGCCGCUCAUCGCCUCAGUCUCAAUCUCUCUGAUGUCUCAGAGCCCAGUUCGCCUCUUCGGCCAAAAGGUGCAGCUCGAUUAAUGAGGCGCAGUGGAGCUUCGUUUGAUCAAAAUCAUAAGUUGACUGGAAGGGCUAUUGGGGAUUUGAAUCCUGAAUCUCCCGCAAGUUAUAAUAGCUCAGUGGAGGUUUCCUCUCUGAACCAGGCUAUCACCCCUAGCAGUUCUUUGGAUCUCAAGGGAAGACUUCGAGGGUCAGGUCACAAUAUAAAAACUUCUACAGAAUUAGUGAAAGUUUUGAACAGAAUAUGGAGCUUGGAAGAACAGCUUGCAUCCAAUGUAUCUUUGGUUAAAACGCUGAAGGUGGAGCUGCAUCAUGCGCACUCACGCAUUCAGGAAUUGACGCAAGAACAACAAUCAUAUCGCCAUGAAAUGGAUGAUCUAAUGAAGCGUGUUUCAGAAGACAGGCUAUCCAGGAAACAUAAAGAACAGGAGAGGAUAAAGGAAGCAGUUCAGUCCAUGAAGACUGAGGUUGAAGAUGAAAAGAAGCUGAGACAAUGGUCAGAGGGCCUACACCGCAAAUUAGCUAAGGAGCUAUCUGAAGCAGAUUCAGCAUUUAAGAUGACUCUGAAUGAUCUACAAAGUGAAAGAAAUGCACGUUAUUUGUUAGAGGAUCUUUGUGACGAGUUUGCAAAGGGACUUCAGGAGUAUGACCGGGAAAUACAAAAUCUGAAGCAAAAGUUUGGGAAAGAUGGUAAUCAUAGCUUGGAUCACUCACUACAUCAUAUAUCUAAAGUAUGGAUGGAAGGAAGGUUGCAGAUGAAAAUCGCAGAAGCUCAGGGAGAUGAGGCUGAGAAAAAAAGUAUACUAAAAGGGUUAUCUGCUAAAAUUACAUCAUUUGUUCAAGCAAGAAGGCUAAAUGGUAGCGCACGGCGAAAGGGUGAAAAGGAAAGUAGUUUGCGGCGUCGUUCUCUUGAGUCAGUUCAUUUAAAUGCAGCUGUGGGUGCACCUCAAGAUGCAGAAGAUGAUGAUUCUGUAGUUAGUGACUUGCAUUGCUUCGAGCUCAACAUGGAUGUUAAGGACAAUGUGAGCCAGUCUAGCUUGAAACAGAAUGAUGAAGAAGGCAUGGAAAGGUUAAAAGGGAAAAACAGAGCUACCUUUAGAAAUGGAAAGUUGAAAUAUCCUGAAGAUCAUGAUAUACACAGCCUGAAACAAGAGAGGAACGAACUAUGCAAUGGAAGCAAGAUGCAUCAUAUUCAUAGCUCAAGAGGAAACUCCUCACAUAAUGCUAUUGAAAGAUGUAAAGUUAAUCCCGAGAAUGAUCACACUGGUUCCUGCAAUCAAUUCUCAGUGAGCAGUCAAAUUACCCAAACCGGCGAGGCCAAUGCUUCAGGUUCAGGUGGCCCUCAUAAUCAACAUACUCUUCUGUCACAGUGGAAUUUCCAUCAUACACCAUCUGAUCAGGAUAUUUCGAGAAGCUCAUCAAAACUUCCUCCGACAGUAAAAGAGAAUUCUUUGAAAGAGAAGUUACUCGAAGCUAGGUUAGAAGGACGGAAUGCUCGCUUGAGAGCUUUGAAAGAUUCUUCUUUUGGUGGAAUACAAUAGUGGAACAGUACGACUUCAUAGUCAAAUUGACCAAGACACUGUUUUCUUUGGAAUCCUUGGUUUGUUUACUACUGUUUAGGGCAUUUCCAAAAGUGGCUGAUGUAAUCCGGUGUUUUUGUGUAUUAUAUGUAUAUAAUCCGAGGUUUUCUAUCAAGAAUUGCAGUCACGUGAGACAUUUAUAUAUAACCAGAUUAUAUUUUCACAUA